AUGAACAAACUUCUUCUAGCAGUUGCUUUUUUCAUCGCUACCACGAUGACUAUGGUCCAGGCAGCACCGGCGAAAUAUACUACUAAAUACGACAAUAUAAAUAUCGAUGACAUUCUGAACAACGACCGCUUGGUCGCCAGCUACUUCAAGUGUCUGAUGGAAACAGGAAAAUGUACGCCAGAAGGCGAAGAAGUCAAACGCUGGUUACCAGAAGCAGUAGAGAAUAAAUGUGCAGACUGUUCGGAAAAACAAAAAAUGGGUUCCGAAAAAAUCAUUAAGUUUCUAUAUGAAAAGAAAAAUGAUAUGUGGAAACAACUUGAAGAGAAAUAUGACCCUAAAGGACUAUACAGACAACGUUAUUCGGAAGAUGCAAAGAAAUUGAACAUUGACGUUUAA